UCAACUGCGAAGGAAAGAUAUCCCGACACCUUCACCUUAGAAAUCCAGCUGGCUGUAAAAAUUAGCUGCAAGUAUCAAUGGAGAAUUCCACUGCAAGGUGCUUGAAUUCCUCUUAUCAGUGCACGGACCAAGUUGAAGGUUAUGAUGACGUGACCUUAGGAGUAUUUGUCGUAACUGGUGUGACAGAAGAGACGCCGCUAAUCGAUGGAUCGCCAAAGGAACGCGGCGCUUCUGUGUGGAAGGCAACCCUGAACAUUAUCAACUUUAUAGAAGGAGUCGGCUUUUUAGCACUACCCUUUGCUAUCGCCAAAGGUGGUAUUGCAGGGAUCGCUGCGUUUGUUAUCAUGCCUUUCAUCUAUUGGUUCACUGCGAAAAUACUGAUCGAGUGUCUUUACAAGAGAGACAAUCUCCAUAGACGCAUACGCGUGCGCUCUUCUUGGAAUGAAAUCGGACAAGAAAUGUGGCCGAGAUUUGGUGGGACUAUGAUAGUCGCUAUUCAGUGUUUUGACUUGAUCGUCAUUGCAACGUCCUACCUAAUCGUUUGCGGCUCUCUGAUGGCAUCGGCUUUCCCUUCCUUGCCCUUGACCGUUGUCCACUGGACAUGCAUUGCAGCCGUUGUUGUUCUUCCGUCGACAUUUCUUAAGUCUCUCUCUCAGAUUGCUUGGCUCAGCGUCAUUGGAAUCGCAGCUUUAUUUGGAACUGCAGCGGUAAUUUUUUGGUAUGGGGUUACGCAUCAUUCGCAGUGGGACCCCAAAGAGCUCUUGUUCUGGGACACGCAAGGGUUCCUCAUCUCACUUGGGAUAAUUAUGUUUAGCUACGGUUCAGCCCCCAUUGUGCCUUCCGUGGAGAAAAGUAUGGCUGAUAAAUCGAAGUUUGGACGAGCUUUGGGACUUGCUUAUGUAGCUGCAGUGUUUUUUAAAUUAAGCUUCUCCAUUUUUGGCUUUUUGUCGUUCUCUUUUUCCACAGAUGAAAUUGUAACAAACAAUUUACCCAAUAGUGUACCCCACAUGGUGGUCAGUGUAGUGUUUGUAUUAAGUUGUUUAUUUUCUUACGCCCUGCCUCUCCAGUCUGUUUUCCAAUACAUUGAGGACUCUAGCACUUACGGUCGACUGCAAAGGAAGGUGCUGAUGCCACAAGUAGUGUAUACAGUGGGGAUACGAGUCCUACUUGUUUCCAUAACCCUUGCAGCAGCUGCCUAUAUUCCCCAUUUUGGUUUGUUAUCGUCAUUUUUUGGCAAUUUAUCACUCCCUUUAUUUAAUUGCAUUCUUCCUUGUGUGGCCCAUCUGAUUCUUAGGAAAGAGGAUUUAAAACGGCGUGAAGUUUGUCUGGAUUAUGUGGUUAUCGUGUUUGGUGCGUUGGUGACUAUAUUUGGAACUAUUGUCUCCACUAAAGCUUUGAUUGAAACACUACGAAAAUAGGCUGAGUUUUGAGGAUAGACCGAGAUGAAAAUCUUACAAGAGAUCUGACUCUUAGCUUGUAUUUAAAUUAACUUUUUAUCACUGAUCGUACAAAACGAUUUCCAUUGGGAGUGUUCCAAAAGAUUGCUCCAAGUAUUAGCGAAGAAUCAUAAGUUGUAAAGGCUUAUAGCUAGUAUUUAGAGUAACUUUUUAUCACUGAUCGAAGAAAAUGGUUUUCAGUAUGGGUGUCAAUAAAGUUACAAAAUUUCCCUAAGUUUGGCGAAGUGUCUUUUCACGAUCAGUUGUAAUUCAAUAAGUUUGUGCAAACGACUAAAUCAGUCCAAG